GGGGAAGAGACGCCUUCUGACCCGAUCAGAUGAAAAGAAGAAGAGAGAGAGAGAGAGAGAGAGAGAAAGAGAAUAAGGAAAGGGAAAUCAGCUUCCGAUUCCGAGAUAUUUUAUUCAGUGCAAACAUUUCUUUUCUUUUUCAUUUUCGUUUUUUCAUUUGUUAUUUUUCAAAAUUGCUUCCCCUCUUCUUAUCUUCUUAUUAAUCUUCCUCUUCGCCCUUUCACCUAGCUAUAAUCAUCUAAAAAGCAUUUUUGAGAAACGCAUGCAUCCCCCCCUCCCCUUCCCUUCUGCCUAACCUAAUACCUAAUAACACCUGUGCCCCCGUGUCUGAUCAGCUAUCACUCACCACCCUGCAAGCUGAUUCACAGGGCCCUUACAUUCACCAACUAUCCAACCCCCCUCCCCCCUCCCCUUUUCCCCGGCCCAACUUCCCGAGUGUCUCUUGCAGGUUUCCCACGUUGUGUCUUCCCAAACCCACAAGCCUAUAUAUACUGCCAUCGCGCACAAGAUUCCGGUUACAUACUUCUUAUCUACUGUGGUCGAUAACAGCAUAUAACUCUCUUCCGCAUCCCAGUGGGCGGCCAUGCUGCGGACAGCGCCCUUCGCCGCUCCCAAGGGAGGAGCUCUCUGGCUACUCUUGUUCCUGGCAGUCGCCGUUCUCGCACAUGGUGACAAUGAUGCCGCGCAUGGCAAUACGGAUAUGGGCAUGGGCCAUGGUCAUGGUGAUGGUGGUGGUGGUGGACCGCACAGCUCUAACGGACAUAGUAAUAGCACGCCGUCAUCGUCACCAUCAUCCAACAGCUCUAGCCCCAUGAGCUACUUCGCGUAUCAGAAACAUGCAGGCUCCAUAAUAGCCCAUGUCGUCCUGAUGGUUAUCGCGUGGUUCUUCAUACUGCCAAUUGGUGUCAUGUUAAGCGUCGCCCGAUCGCGACUUGCCUUACCUGCGCAAUUCGUUUUCCUCAUCGUAAACGCCUUAGGGUUACUACUAGCAGCGGUGUAUAACAGUCAAGUACCUAAUCUAUACGAAAACAACGUACAUAACAAGAUCGGCUGGAUCGCGACCUGGGUUAUGGUCGCGGAGGUUGUCAUGGGCCUUUUGUUUGCGUAUUCCGGCGGUCGUCAGGGCGCCGACACGUACACUGGCCCGUCCUACGAACGAGUUGCUUUCCUCCCCGUGCCAACUGCGGAGGAUGCGCAGAACGAGACUUACCCUGCCGGCCCUUACCAUCAGUACCGCUGGUCUGGCGACAGCGGUCAAGGCACUGAACGCAACUCCUCCUCCCUGCGGAGCCGCAGCUGCUCUCCAGAACGUGGCCGACGAAUGUCUCGACCAGGCGAUCAUGAUGAGUUUGAUGAGAAACCUGAGGAUGAAACCAAUGAUGGCGAAAUGCCUAUGGUGCCAGGAGCCAACCGGUUCUUCUGGAGUGGUUUUGUGGAUAAAUUCCUCUCGAGACGGGUCCCUGGAAUGCUCUCUAGGCGCGCGCUUAACAUCAUGAAUGUUUUCUAUGUCGUCAUCGAGAGAACCAUUCUAAUUCUUGGUUUCAUCGCGAUAGCGACUGGAGCUGUGGUUUAUGGUGGUAUCUUCCGGGAUAAUGACAUCUUCAACGGUCUUGCCCAUUUUAUCAAGGGAGGGAUCUUCUUCUGGUAUGGGUUGCUCACGCUUGGUCGCUGGAUGGGAUGUUUUGCAGAUUUUGGCUGGGCUUGGAACAUCAAGCCGUCACGUGCCAUGGUGGGGAGAUUGCGGGCCUGCAUCCCGUCAGGGGAAUUUACAGAAUCCUUUGUUAUCUUCUUAUACGGCGCAAGCAACGUCUUUCUCGAACAUCUGGCAGCAUGGGGCAAAUCAUGGACUGCGCAGGAUUUGGAACAUGUGUCGAUCUCUGUCAUGUUCUUUGGCGGCGGUUUGUGUGGUAUGCUGGUUGAAUCGAAACGAGUUCGAGACUGGAUGAAUGCUGCUAUUUAUUCCCCUACUGCUCCUACAGAAGGCUUGCCGUCAGAAUCUGUCGAAGUGCCAAAGACUCAACGGGUGCCCCUCAACCCUAUCCCUGCACUAAUCAUCCUGCUCCUUGGCUUGAUGAUGAGCUCACACCACCAGUCGAGUAUGGUGUCCACCAUGGUGCACUCUCAGUGGGGAAUGCUCCUGGUUGGAUUCUCUAUUGCUCGAGGUGUGACAUACGUCAUUCUCUGCCUUAAACCACCGACUUCGCUGCUGCCCUAUCGACCACCUUCGGAACUUAUUGCUUCCUUCUGCCUCAUUUCCGGAGGUCUCAUUUUCAUGCUGAGUACAAGGAACGUUGUUGAGGCAAUGGAACAUUACGACCUUCACUCCAUGUUCGUAUUCACAGUUGCCAUGGGUUUCACAGCUUUCAUAAUGGCGUGGGAAAUCUUGUGUAUCUCACUCAAGGCAUGGGUUACUAAGAAACCAGCGCUCGCCGUCCCACCCCCAGCUGACACGUACCGGUUCCCUGCUUAGAGAAGCAGGAGAAGGAAAAGAAGACAGAAAAAAAAAAUGAUGAAAAGCAACGUCCCAAUUUCAUUCCCCGUUCCCGCGUUUUUACUCUGCGUGCAUCUGGCGACGGCGGUAUCUCCCAUUGCCCUCCUGAUUUUAGCGAUCUGACACGACAAUUUUUGUCCCUCAGAAAAGUUGCAGGGCCUUCCCUGUUAAUAAUACCCUCAUAUGUUUGAACAGGAGAGAGAGUCGCUCCCCCUCUCUUUACGUUAUGCCCCCUUUUUUAUUUUAUUUUAUAUUUUAUUUUUUUUAUUGACCAUUUAUGUUUUGAAAUGUUAGCACCCAUGAUGGAAGAAGAGAUGAAGGACGAAUCAAAGAUUUUUAAAACAGGAAAUAUGAAGAACAAAGAUAACCUCCCCCCACAUUUCCCCGUCUCCAGACUAUCUCUAUCUCCCCUUCCCCCCCCGCCCCUCUCCUCUCACUCAAAUUUCAUCAUUAGAGAAGUGAAGACUCCAAGUGUGUGCAGCAGCAUCUAUAUGUGUGAUGUAUUUUCCUUUCGUGUCUAUUUCUUUUUUUUCUUAUGAUACCAAACUGAUUUCACUUUCUCCGUCUUCCUUUCUUUCUCCCUUAAAUCGAUCUAGGGAUAGAGCUAGGUACACCUGCCCGGUCCCGGUGACGUUUAUGAUUAUCAUUAAUCUUUCCGCAUUAUGCUUUAUAGCCCGCCCACCUGCAAACUGUAUACCCCCUUCCCCCUUAAAUAGAACGAUAUACCCCUGAUAGUCUAUGUUGUCUACGGAGUACACCCUGGACAGCUCCCAGUUGAUAGUGAUAGUUUUU